AAGUACGAGGAUCAGAGCAUCAUGAAGAAGAGACAGAGUGUAUUGAAGGACAAAGAGAACAUGAGAGAUCUAGAACCCUGCAGAACCAAACACACUGAAGAACAAACAGACCUGAUGGAGGAGAAUGAGGAGAGUGACGAGCAGAAGCAUCAUCAUGGUACAACGAGAGAAAAAACUUGCUCACAGACCAAAAUAGUUUAUUUACGGAAAAGAAGAAAUAAGAAAGGUUUCACCUGCACUCAGUGUGGAAAGAGUUUGACAUACAAACACAACCUCAAUGUUCACAUGAAGAUCCACACUGGAGAGAAACCGUUCACAUGUGAUCAGUGCGGGAAGAGUUUCACACACAAAGUAACCCUUCAGCAACACAUGAUCCUCCACACUGGAGAGAAACUGUAUGAAUGUGAUCAGUGUGGAAAAACAUUUUCAUGGGCUUCAGGCCUGAAGCAGCACAUGCAAGUUCAUACAAAGGAGAAACCACACUCAUGUUCUUUCUGUGGAAAGAGUUUUUCACAACUGAACAAUUUAAAAGUUCAUCAAAAGAGACACACUGGUGUGAAAGAUUACAUGUGCUUUGAGUGUGAGAAGACGUUUACUACGGUUGCACAACUGAAGCUGCACAAGAGGAUCCACACUGGAGAGAAACCUUACAUGUGUUCAUACUGUGAGAAGAGAUUCAAUCAGUCAGUACAUCUGAGAAGACAUGAGAGGAUCCACACCGGAGAGAAACCGUAUCACUGCACUGCAUGCGGGAAGAGUUUCCGUCAUUCAUCAACUUUUUGUUUGCAUAUGAAAAACAAACACAGUAAGUAGAUCAUAGAUCCAGCACCUUUAAAUCUUAGUUUUCAACUUUGCCAAAUGUGGCACUCUAAUGCAUUGAGUAAUAAUAUCUGUCCUAACCAGCAACAGGACAAGGAAACAACAUCUAAGGUUUUCACUGUAGAUAAAGUUCAAGAUCAGCAGUUUCAUCUGUGAGAUCCAGAUCAACUCAAAGAUGGACCAGAUCUGAUGUGUUGUAACUGUCACUGUUGUAAAACAUUACACUUUAUUACAGGUUGAAUUUUAUGUUCAGUUCUCUUAUAAUGCUUAUUAAUAAUUUUUUUUAAAGUUUAAGCUUUUAUGAAAGAAGAUUUUUAAGUCCAAACUGUUGUUCAGAAUGCAUUAUUUUUAACUUGUUUUUCUUCUUCAACUUAAAGUGUAGUUAGAAAAUACAGAUGUAAAGUAUGUUGCUGUAACUUUGCUGUUGGCCGUUUCUUCAGUUUUAUUGUCGGGAGAUAAUUUGGUUUUCUUAUAAGUCCAUACAAAUCUGUAUGGUUUGUUUCCAUUUUUACUUGUUUUGUUGUCUGCUGAUUUGAAUUCUGUAAUUUUGGUUACAAUUAAAAGCCAUAUUAAUUGGAU